AUGAAAAAUGCACGCGUCUUGGCGUACCGUGACGCUGAUUGGCUGAGAGCGCGGCCCCGACUCCUCCCCCUCCCGCCCACAAUCACGAAGUCCAGCAGGAGCGUUCAGACCGAUCUUCUCGGGAACACCUUCAUCACUUCGAGGACACCUGCAGAAGACCUGAACACUCACCGAAGGAUGAAGAUGAACGAGUCUCUUCACGCGUUUGACUUCGAGCGGCAGUUUAACGAUCGCGCCGCGCUCGAGUGGUUUGAACAGAACUGUGUUCAGACGGUUUUCCAGGAGAUUUAUGACUGUUCUGAUUAUUUGAUGGAUAAGACGGGGGAGCAGCGUUCGUUCUGUCCGGGCGUGACGCGCGCCUUCAUUUUCUUCGGACGCCUCUUUAUGAAGGACAGACAGAAGCUGGACCUGAGGAAGCCUCUCAUGCUCUGGUCGUUAUGUCUGGCCAUAUUCAGUGUGAUGGGAGCGAUGCGGACGGGCUGGUACAUGUUCAGCACGCUGCGGUCAGACGGGCUCCGGGGGUCAGUGUGUGACACAGACUUCUACAGCGCCCCCGUCAGCAAGUUCUGGGCGUUCGCCUUCACUCUGAGUAAAGCUCCGGAGCUCGGAGACACGGUGUUCAUCGUCCUGAGGAAGCAGCGUCUGAUCUUCCUGCACUGGUAUCAUCACAUCACCGUCCUGCUGUACACCUGGUACACCUAUAAAGAGCGCGUGGCCGGCGGCGGCUGGUUCAUGACCAUGAACUACACCGUCCACGCGUUCAUGUACAGCUACUACACGGCUAAAGCGUCCGGCGCGCGCGUGCCGCGGCUCCUGGCCGUGUUGGUCACGCUCCUGCAGAUCGCACAGAUGCUGGCGGGCCUGAGCGUCCUGGGCCUGGUCUGGGUCUGGAAACACCACGAGCGCUGCUUCUCCACCACGCAGAACAUGGCCUGCGCCUCGCUCAUGUACCUCAGCUACCUGCUGCUCUUCUCCGUCUUCUUCUAUCAGUCCUACCUCAGACGCUCCGGAGACCAGAAGAGAGACAAGCGAGAGUAACGAGAGGAUCCGACCGUUUACAUGCUCGCCGAUUCAAACACACAGAGAGAAAGACAAAUAAAGCCUAGUAAUAUCGUUAUUUUUAAAUAUGCUAUAUAUAAAUAUUAAAAGCGUAUAUGAGGUGCAAAAGCCUCUAAAUGUGAACAUGGAGGUUUAACAAUUUAAAAAUGUCACCAUCCAGUACAUGCAUAUAUAUAUAUAUAUAUAUAUAUAUACUACCAUCAAGAGUUUGGGAUCAGUACGAUUUUUAAUUUAUAAGAUAUUGAUUUUUUUAAAUAAGAAGUUUCUUAUGCUCUGCAUUUAUUUGAAUGAAAAUACAGAAAAACCGGAGUAAUGUGAAAUAUUAUUGGCAUUUAAAAUAAGGGGUUUCUGUUUAAAAUAUACUUUAAAAUAUAAUUUAUUUUUGCGAUGCAACGUUGAAUUUCUGUUAGCCAUUGCU